AUGGAUCAUUUGAAACUUCACAAAUUAUACAGUGAUUUUAUACAUGAUAAUCCAUUAAAAAGGACUACUCUUCUAGGUAAUAAUGAAAUUUGGACAUAUAUUGAUUGUUAUCCAAAAAUUAAUAUCAAUAUUAAUACACAGGAAAAUAUACAACAUACUUCAAAAACUAUCUCUAAAUGUAAUAAUAAUAAAAAACCAGAUAAUAUUGAUUGUCUAUUAAAUAACUUGAAUUUAUCCCAAGAUUCAGUAAUAGUUGGGGAUUCUAUAGUAUUCUUACAUGGUAUAGCUGGAACAGCUGGUGAAUUUUUUGGUGUUAUGAAAAUAUUAUUAUCAAAAGGAUAUAGAGUACUAUCUGUACAAUAUCCUAUAUAUGAUUCAAUAGAUGAAUGGUGUAGGGGUUUUGAUUGUUUUUUGGAUAUAUUACAAUUAAAUUCAAUACAUCUUUAUGGUAAUGAUCUAGGUGGUUAUUUAUCUUUACAUUUUAAAAAUGAAUAUCCUCAAAGAGUUAAAUCAUUAAUACUUUGUAAUACAUUUAUAUCUACAAUGAAUGUUCCAUUGUCAACUAUUGCAUCUACAUUUUUACAUUUAUGUCCACAUUUUAUACUAGUAAAACUUAUAUCUGAUAUAUUUAAUAAUCCAAGUUUUCAUGAUUAUAAUAAUUAUAUUGAUUAUAAAUAUAUUGGAUAUUUAAUUGAAUCAUAUAAUUUUGUUAUGGAUCAAAUUACAAAUGUUUCACAAGUUGAUUUAGCAGGUAGAUUGAGCUUACUAUUAUCCAAUACACCAUUAUCUAAUUUUUCACGAUUAUUUUUUGAUAAAUAUAAAUGUUCUAAUUCUUUAAAUGAUAGUAAUACAUAUAUAACAAUUAUAACAACUUCUGAUUCAUCAUUAGAUGAAAAUAUAUAUAUGGAAACUAUAAAUUAUUUAAAAAGUAUAUCCAGAGUUGCUCAAUUAAAAUAUGGGGGAGAUUUUCCUCAUUUAUCUAAUUUUGAAGAUAUUGCUAUAUUUUGUCAAGUACACUUAAGAAAUUGUGGUGCAAAAACUUUUCAAUUUAAUAAAACAAAUACUUCAUCUAAUAAGAUAUAUAAGGAGAGUAAUUCACUUAAACAAACUAAACAUAUACCUAAAGCUUAUGAAAUGCCAUAUCCUGGUGUAGUAGCUGUACAUGAUACUAUAUGGGAUAUUUCUAAAGAUAACUAA